AUGGCUGUACUCCCAAAAGCCAUCCCGUCGUUGUCAGAAUGCCAGUGCCUCAUCUGUUUGAAUAUCCUCAUUGAGCCUGUAACACUGCUGUGUAACCACACACUCUGUGUCAGUUUCCAGUCGACUCUCGAAAAAAGAAGUUUAUGCUGUCCAUUUUGUCCCCGCCGGAUCGCUUCAUGGACCUGGUACUUUGCCCGAAGAAAUUCUCUCAUCAACCUGGAACUGUGGCAGAUAAUCCAAAACCAUUAUCCAGAAGAGUGCAAGCUAAGAAUGUCUGGGCAGGAAUCACAGGAGGUCGUUCAUGACCCUAAGCCGGUUCACUUUCUAAGUAAACCCGGGGAACUGAGGAGAGAAUAUGAAGAGGAGGCGAGAAAGCUGGAAGCAGAAUGACGAGCUAUUAGAGAAGAAGAAAACAAGAAGAGUGAAGAGUACAUACAGACAUUAUUGGCACAGGAGGAGGAGGAGGAAAGACUCAAAGCUCAAAAGAGAAGAGAGAUGAAAGAACACCUGAACAUUGAUGAAGAAUUAGCAAGAGAGCUAAGUAUUAAUUUCCUUGAUGGAAAUGUCUUGCCUCCUUCCUGGAAUUCCAGAGAAUCUGGUACGGUCACAUUCAAGUCUCCAAAGAAAAGUAAGGACAAACACAACAACACCGGAGAUAUUCAGAAGUAUUUGCCACCUAAAUUUCAGUUUGGAUUAACAUCACAGUCUGAAGUUGUACAAGAAAGGAGGAAAACCUCUGUGUCCAAGGAAACUGACAGUACUAUCAUAAAAAGUCCUACGUGGCAAGAAACAGAAAUUGAAGAAGAAAUGCCACAAAUAUGCAUGGAUGUUCAACCACAGGGUGCAAAGUCUUCAGAGCUUCUCGUACCUCAGUUUCAUGCCACUGGUAGAGAAUGGUGCUGUGAACGAAAAAUCAAAAUGGUUGGAAGCAAUCGCGUUGAAGAGCUACAUGUCCUGAAUCACGAGAGACCUGAAGCCAGAGUUCCCCGCUUUGGGGAAACAGAAACUACAUGUGUUCUACCAGGUAUGACACAGAUAAUUGAAAAUAACACAGUUGAGACAGAAAAUGAAGAGGCUUGCCUACAGAUCAAUAAGUAUAUUUCUCAAGGAAAAAUCCAGGAAUCUUCAUUUGAGGCAGUCAUGGAUCCAUUCAUUUCUGCAAAAAGAAGGAAAAUAUUUCCCAAAGCUUCCUCAGGCCAAGAGGACGCAGAAACUAAUGUUACCCAGAAUCUGAUAAAUCUGGAAGGCUUCCUUCUUGAGAAAACGAAACAGGAAGAGCAGGACUGGUUGUUCGCAUGGCAGCUUCAGAAAGAAAUAAUCAAAGAACAAAAGAUGCCAAACCGGCAAAAAGGAUCCCCGAAUGAGUGUGCCUCACGUUGUCGUCCUACCACUUUGCUUCCAGACAAAUUGCUAAGUGAGCAGAAGAAAGAUUCCAAAGACACGACUAACUUCAAGAGACUGACUGAUAGAAAGCAUCCAAAAUCUCCGAAAGGCCCAGACAAUAAAAACAGAUCUACAUCCAGAGGAAAUGAUACUGCCAAGAAGUAUCUCUUGAGGCUGAUUCCCAAAACACAUGGCGCUCUGGAGGAGAGUAGAUACUUGAACAAGACUGAGAAAAGGAGCGGUGGCUGUGUGGAUGUUGAGAGUACCAGCAGCAGCCCUGGUGGCAGGAAAGCAAAAAAGACUGAGGAGCUUCAGAAUGAGCUGGAUGUAGACAGAGGAGGACCAAAGGAGGCCGGGCCACGGGGUUAUAGACACCACCAUGGUGGUGGGCAGAGAACAGAAAGAAAUUGGAAGAACUUCAUUCCCCCCUCACGAAGACUUGUGGAUCGGCACAAGAAGCAGCCAUCUUCCUGA